GUGGCUUCCCGUCCGUCUUGUUUCAGCUUGAGUUGCCCUGGAGCUGGCUUCACAUACCCAGUCCCUUCUCCCAUCGCCAGUGACGGAACCCUUUGCACGACUUCCCACGGUCAGUCAUUCGUGUACCAAGAGCGACAAUAUAUCCAACAGGGCUAGAACAUCUCCUUCCAGUCCGUCACAUAAGCCAAUAUGUCGAUCAAGUAUGUAUAAGACCCUUUCAUCAUCCAGUAGCCCAUGGCGGUCUACUCGUUUGCCCCGAGUAAGAAGCCUACCAGGUUGUCUUUAUUGCAUCAACGUACAUCGAAGGUGUUAUCACGUGUCUAAGAAUACAGACAAACCCGGUGCCAACUCACCGCUAUCGACUACCUACAAUGUUCUUGAGCUGAUGUGCGAUUGUAUAGCUGGGUGAUGCUUCAGGACCAGGAUGGCUUUGUCCGCCUGCCGCAUGAACAGCUGGUCUAUAAAUCACCUCCUCGCACUAGUCUCUCUAUACAACCACUGAGCUCAGCUGGCGGCAAAAAUGCCUUUUCCAUUCAGAGCAGUGCAGGUCAAAUCUAUUUGACAAAUCAAAGGGUUGUUUAUAUCCCUUCGCAGAAGUCAGAGACCUUCCAGUCAUUCUCUGCGCCACUGCUGAACAUUCACGAUACCCACGUCACCGCUCCCUUUUUUGGGCCCAAUGCAUGGAUCGCACUGGUCCAACCCGUGUCUGGAGGCGGGAUUCCUCCAUCCUUGCCUGCUGUACAGGCCAAAGUGACAUUCAAAGAAGGAGGGGCAUUCGACUUUCACAAUCACUUUGAGCGGAUCAAGGAGCGUCUACAGCAGGCGGUCGAGAACUCGCAAGCCAGCAGUCGCGGAGCACGGAACGUUGACCUCUCCACAAUCCAUUUGGAUGAACUGCCAGCCUACUCUGGUCCCAGCAGUGCUGGAGGAGAGCAGGCUCCCUCCGAGCCAAUGAUGAGUUCACGCGGCCAUCAUGGUGAAGCAGCAGACACAGACUCCAGUUUGGUGGAACCACCCCCGGACUAUGAGACGGUUCAACAGCAAAGUGUGGCGGAUGAAUUGGAGGCGAGAUUGCGCCGUGCCAGCUGA